AUGACAAUAAAACCCCUGCAGAUCUCGCCAAAGAGCGAUUCAAGUGGAACUCUUUCUUCACACUCAUCUACUAUGAAAAUGGAUCACAAAGAUUCUGAGCUUGUUGAGCAGUCUCUGCCGGUCGAUGAUGAUCUCGGCUUCACACCUCGCGAGCAGCGCCAUAUCAUUCAUAAAAUCGAUCGGAGGUUGAUUCUGGGCCUCGGUUUACUUCUUGCUGUUAGUUUGAUUGACCGAACAAACUUGGGAAAUGCGUCAAUUGCAGGGAUGCAAAAGGAUCUCCAGCUUGAAGUCAAUUCCCGAUAUGUCAGUUUUUCGAACCUCUUGGAUGGCCUGUCCAUCAUUCUGUUGGUCUUCUUCAUCCCCUACGUCCUCGUUCAAUUCCCAAGCUCCAUCCUUGUCCGCAAGAUCGGCCCACGUAUCUUUCUUUCCGCAAUUACCUUCACAUGGGGUGUGGUGAUGAUGUGUUUUGGAUUCGUUCAUGACUGGAAAGUAAUGAUUGCACUCCGCAUCAUCUUGGGAAUAUUCGAAGCAAGUCUCUUCCCCGGGGCAAUAUAUCUUCUUGCGCUUUGGUACUCCAGAUAUGACGUUCACAAGCGCUAUUCCUCUUUCUAUCUUCUGAGCACAAUCGGUGCUUCUCUUUCUGGGGUCCUUGCCUACGGCUUCAUGCAAAUGGCAGGCCUUGGGGGUCUGUCUGCCUGGCAAUGGAUUUUUGUGAUGGAGGGUCUCCUCACGUGUGUCAUAGCAGCGAUUGGCUACUGGCUACUCAUCAGUUUCCCACAGGAUGCACACAAAGCCCGCAAUUUCUUAUCUCCAACAGAAAUUGACUUCAUUCUUCGCCGAAUUGAUAGGGAUAGGAGUGAUGCAGAUGAUGAGCCUUUUUCGCUUUCUUCGUUUUUGGCACCUGCUUCGGACUUGAAGAUUUGGGGAUUCGGAAUGAUAUUUUUAUGCAGCACUGUCGUGUCCUACGGUAUAGCGUUCUUCCAACCCAUCAUUCUAUCGCAGAAGCUUGGUUUCGGAAUAGGAGCCUCACAGGCUCUGUCCACGCCGCCAUAUUUCUUUGGUGGUCUUCUCAUGUAUGCACAGGGGUGGGCAGGCGAUAAAUGGCAUAUCCGGAGCCCAAUCAUCAUUUACAAUGCAUUGCAGACUAUCGUCGGCUUAUGUAUUUUGGAAUGGGUUCCUGCCCCUGGUGUGCAGUACUUUGGCAUUUUCCUCGUUGCAGCUGGCUCCAAUGCUACCAUACCUGCCGUGCUUGCUUGGCAGGCAAACAAUAUCCGUGGCCAGUGGAAGCGGGCAUUUUGCAGUGCUAGCAUUGUUACCUUUGGAGGGAUCGGGGGCAUCAUCGGAGCUGUUGUUUUCCGGUCUCAGGAUGCACCAAAUUAUUUCCCUGGAGUGAUGGCCUCAAUUGUCUGUAAUGUUAUAAUACUUCUUGUAGCAGGCAUUCUCGCGAUAUAUUUCCACACAUCAAAUCGCCAAGCUAGGAAGGGUAGCUUGGUAAUUGAAGGACUGCCUGGAUUUGCCUAUACUUUAUAA